GUUACACGUCAACACAAAAAUGUUGAUCCGAAAUUUACUACUUUGCAGGGGUACGUGACGGUAUAUAUUGACAGUAAACAAAGUCUGUGAUGACGAUUUUGUCAUGCUGAUUGACCAGAGAGGCUAAAUAAUGGAGGGCUGGUCAGGCUUUACAGAUGAACAGCUUAAGCAGUUCAGAGGACAGGACGAUGGUAAACAGAAUAAGCCACCACAACGGAAGAAAGAAAGGAAGAAUCACCCCACCACUAACAGAAACAGAGCAAGGGAAAAAUUGCAUCAUCAGAAGCAGCAUGGACACGAUGCUGAAGACAUUCCCAUAAAUAUCAAUCAAAUGUUAUCCACUCCCAGUGUGCUGAAAAGCAAACCAACUCAACCUACUGAAGGCCAAAGGAAAACAGCAUUGCCAGCUAGUGAUGACUCAGGACAAACUGUUAUUAAUAAUGGGGUCAAACAAACACAGCUGGAAAAGAACCAUGAGGAUGGAAACCAAAGCAGUAAGGAUGAGGGGAAAGAUGAAGUUAAAAGUAGGGUGGAAGAAUCAGCUGUUCAAGUUAAUGAACUGGAUGAGGCACAAGGGAGACGUCGAGAACUCACCCAAUUAGAGAUGAUUCAGAAAAAGCAGAUGGAAAUGGAAGAAGAAAACAGGAAGAAGAAGAUGGCAUUGACAAAGGCAAUCAAUGAACGGAAAAAAAAAACGCAAGCAGAAACGAAACAGCUGGCCUUCAUUCAAAAAGAGCUGGGAAAACUUGAGUCAUUACUAUCAAAAGAUGUAAGAAUACUGAGAGACAAGAUAGAGGAAAGCAGUUUUGAAUACAAUGCUGCAAGGAGGAGAUAUGAAAAGGCCGAAAGUGAAUUUGUUAAUGCAAAAAUGUAUUUACAUAAAGUUACAGAACAAAAAGAAGCUUUGACUGAACACCUUUAUACCAUCAUUCAGGAAAACGAGACUAGAAAAGCAAAUAAACUAGCAGAACUAACGGAGAAACUAAACAUGGAAAAUAUUGAUGAAUACAUUGCUGCAGCAGAGAAAGAGAUGAACAGUGAACGCUCCCCCUCGCAUUCUACUGCUUUAUCUCCCAAGGUUGAAAGUACUACAGAGAGCUCAGAGAAUAGAUUAAAUACAUCACAAAAUACUGUUAAUUCAACAAGUGACCAGCAUUUAGAUGCUGAUGCUGGAAAUUCUUCAGUUGCUGUAACUGCAUCUCGAUGUGAUACUCCUAAUCAGCGGGGUUUGGAGACCAUCACUGAAGUUGAUUCUGAAGUAACUGAUAUCAGUGUUAUUGAAGAGGCAAAUGAGAAUAAGCUGUCAAUUGUCUCUGAAACUAACACAUCGAAUAACACAGUUAACAUGGAAAAUGACACAAUUAGUAAAGAUCCAGAAACAGAUGUCUAAGGUUCAGUGCAGUAGAAAACCUCUUUUAGGAAUAUCCUGUAUUGUUAAGAGGGUGAAUAAAUUACAGGUGCUUGUUUCACCCAAUAAACAUGCCUUUUACUGUUAAGAGGAGGGAGGGGGUGGGUGUCUACACAGACACUGCCACAAAAAUGACCUUGUUAUAAUGAUUGUUUAACUGAUUACAGGUACGUUUCCUGUUGUAUUUAUAUUUAGCAAAGCUCAUUUUGUAAAUUCUUCAGAUAAAAGAUCCUGCCAAGAAAAUUAUAUUUUUAUGAUUGCAUGAAUAAUUGUGAAAUGAUUCAAAACAAAAACAACAUCGACAAGCAAAGACAACCAGUGUGACCCAGGUAUAUAAUAUUUAUAUUGAUCAUUAGUCGUUUGGAUAAAUUUUGUCUACAAUAAUAUCAAAGCUCUUUAGUAACAUGCAGUUUGUGUUACAAUGUAUAACUUUUAUUGUGUAUGAAGACAUAUUAUUAUUGAUUUGUGUAUUAAGUUAGUGUGUUAAUAUUGUCUUAAAUCCCCACUUAUUUAGUUUUGUUUUCCAUUUAAAGAAAAAUAUUAGAUGAAUGAUUUUCUUGAGAUUUUACUAUAAAGUACAGUACUUAGUAUACUUUGGGUAAAGGGACUUACAUUUCAAUAGUGACAGUUUUAUAAAUAGACAUUAUAUUUUUAAAUAUAUAUCAAGUGUCAUGUAUUCUAGAUGUGACAGUAAUGACUACUGUACUCAAGUACUUUACGGCAUAAAUUUUAUUUAUUACUGAUAAGAAAUGGAAAAAAAUGUUUAAUGAAAUACGUUUGUUACCUGGUUAUAUUCUUAUUUUAUAUCUUUCUACUGCAGCUCUCUUUAUAUUUAUAGACUUUCUGAAGACAAGGGCAAUAAAUAAUAUUACGUCCAUCUAA